AUGAUUCUCGAUGGAGUGACACCCUACCAGGAGCCGACUGACUCGGAGUCGGGAUAUAAUGAAAAGAAGAUGUUGGGAGAUCAGAAGCCGCAAUAUCAGGAUGCUUUUGGAGAUGAAGAUGGCGCCGAGGUCAAGUAUAAAACUAUGAAGUGGUGGCAAACGGGAAUGUUCAUGAUCGCCGAAUCCGUCUCUCUAGGUGUCUUAUCCCUGCCCAAGACCCUUGCCCAGCUAGGCCUUGCCCCAGCUUUGAUCCUCAUCAUCGGACUGGGAAUCCUCGCUACCUAUACCGGAUACACAAUUCACCAAUUCCGCGCCCGAUACCCUCAUAUCCAGAACUUGGCUGACGCCGGCGAGAUCUUAUUCGGUGCAUUUGGACGUGAACUGUUCGGCAUCGGCCAGCUGCUCUUCUCCAUUUUCAUUAUGGGUAGUCACAUCUUGACAUUCAGUGUCAUGAUGAACACUGUCACUGAACACGGAACCUGUACAAUGGUUUUCACCGCUGUUGGAUUCGUCAUCUGUUUCGUCUGUUCUCUGCCCCGGACCAUGAAGAACAUGACCUAUAUCUCGUGCAUGUCCUUCGCUAGUAUCCUCACUGCUGUCAUCAUCACUAUGAUCGCAGUCGGUGUCCAGAAUCAGGGUGGCCAGAACCUUAAGGCUACUGUCGACACAAAUCUGUUCCAAGCCUUCAGCGCUGUCACCAACAUCGUCUUUGCCUACUGCGCUCACGUGGCUUUCUUCGGUCUGCUCGCUGAGAUGGAGGAACCCAGGGAUUUCCCCAAGGCCCUGAUUAUGCUGCAGACUUUCGAGAUUUGCUUCUACACCGUUGCUGCCGUGGUGAUCUACUACUACGUGGGCCAGGAGGUCACCUCUCCUGCUCUUGGAUCGGCUGGUCCUAUCCUGAAAAAAGUAGCUUACGGAAUUGCCAUUCCUACGAUUAUUGGCGCUGGUGUCGUCAACGGCCACAUUGGUCUUAAGUACAUCUACGUCCGUCUGUUCCGUGGCACUGACCGUAUGCAGAAGCGUGACUGGGUCGCGAUCGGCUCCUGGGUCGGAAUUGCUUUUGGUUGCUGGGUUAUUGCCUGGAUUAUCGCCGACGCCGUUCCUGUCUUCAGCGAUCUGCUGAGUCUGAUUAGCUCGUUGUUCGCUAGUUGGUUCAGUUACGGUCUUGGUGGUGUGUACUGGUUGCACAUCAACAAGGGUAAAUGGUUCUCUUCCCCUCGGAAGAUUGCACUCACUAUUGUGAACGUGUGCAUUAUUCUGAUUGGUGGUUGUAUGUGUGGUCUUGGCCUUUACGUUUCCGGUAAGGCUAUUCAUGAUGACGCGUCCAGCAACAGCUUUUCUUGCGCUAGUAAUGCCGAGGUUUAA